AUGACCGCGUGGGAAGUAAAUGGCAAAGUCGCGCUCGUGACCAGUUCAGGUAUCAACCAUGCGCUGACUAGGGCUCUUCUUGAGUUGGGUUGUUCAGUCAUAAACAAAUUGUGGGAUGCCGCACUGAACACAUAUGGACGAGUCAAUCUGCUCGUGAAUGGGGCCGGGAUCUAUGACCCACCCUCCAGCGACUUCUCGAACCCGCCCGGGAUCUCACCUCUAUCCCGAGACCAAGCCGAUGCCAAGGUCGGCAUGUACCAAGCCUAUGCCGUCAACAUCAUCGCUCCCGUCAGGCUUGCCCAGAUCGCCGUCGAAUACUGGCUCCGUCCCGAAAACCGACAUCUUUCAGGCAACAUCCUCUGGAUCGCUAGUAUGGCGGGCUACGUUCAUGGCCUCCUGACACCGUUCUACUACUCAAGCAAGGCUGCAGUUGUCAGCAUGUGCAAGUCCCUCGGAUCUCUGAAUAAGUUUGCCGGCAUCAGAAAUGCGGCAGUCUGUCCCGGAGCAGUCAAUUUGUCCAACAUUAUUGAGGUGUUCUGUGGAGGAACGAACGAAAACCACAAAAUUUCGGUUCGUGAUGUACCUUUGGAAAGCUUGUACGAUGUUGAGGGUAUGAAGGGUAUGGCAGCUGGAACGCACAUGCUUGUCAAGCAGGACGAGUUCGAAAUGAAGUUGAAGAGGAGAGGCUUGGAAUUCUCUGCAAAGAUAUGA